AUGACCGAUACGAGUAGAUUCACGGGGACAAUUAUAAUGGAACCAUCGUAUCCGUCCUACGUUAAUAUUGCCCCGAAGGCCAAAACCAGAAGUAUGAGCCACCUGGCACCAACACCUGAACAUAAUCGGUCGGUCAGUUAUGAAGAAACGACGACAGCAUCUACGAGUACAGAUUCCGUUCCUUCCGUUCGGAUCAGAUCAGAAAGUUCCCAAAUUUCGAUGGAUUCUCCUGUUCCCGCAUCAGAGAAAUGCGUGGCCGCUUACGAGUAUGAGGCUCAGAGGGAGGACGAACUGGCAUUGCCUAUCGGAUCAAUUUUGAGAGUUAUAAAAUAUGAAACGCAGGAAGAUGGUUGGUAUCUUGGUUCACUCGACGGAAAAGUUGGGAUGUUCCCGGCGAAUUAUGUCAGAUUACUGCCAGCAGAAGAGAGUUUGGUGGGAUUCCAUGCAGAUGAUAUCAGUCUACCUGAGGAAAAUAAGACGCUAGAAGACUUCAGAAUAGGUCACGGCGCUACUGCAACAGUAUUCAAAGUAGAUUUGAAAAUCAAGAAAUCUCUAGAUAAAGGAGCAAUGGGUGAUGUCUCGAGUUAUCAGAUGAAAGCAGCUUUGAAACGAUUCAACAAGCACACGUAUAAUUCUCGUGGAGAGCAUAUGACAGAUGCUGAACAAUUGGAAAUGCUAAAAAGAGAAGCCAAUCUGGUGGACGGACUCUCCCAUAACAACAUUGUCCGAUUGCUAGGAAUCUGUCUGGAAGAUCCAUAUUUUGGGCUGCUUCUAGAACUUUGUGAAGGCUCUUCCCUGAGGACAGUGUGCAGGAGUAUGAAUUCAGAUAGUUCCAUACCGCUAGGAGUAUUAGUAGAUUGGGCAAAACAAGUGGCUCAAGGAAUGGAAUAUUUAACAAAAGAAGGAUAUGUUCACAGGGAUUUAAAAGCUGAUAAUGUUCUCGUGAAAGAGGAAGUAUGUCUUUGCAUGGAUGAGAUAACAAUGAAAUACGAAUGGUGUACAAAAUGUGGUAGAAGACCUCUGGAUAAAUUGCAACUGAAAAUAACAGAUUUCGGAGUGACAAGAAAGAUGACAGCAGAUGCAAAUAGAUUCAGUACUGCUGGUACCUACGCCUGGUUGGCACCCGAAGCAUUCCGAGAUGGUGCAUGGUCGGAAUCGUCAGAUGUCUGGUCAUACGGAGUCGUAUUAUGGGAAUUACUCUCGAGAGAAGAUCCAUAUCAAGGACAAAUUCCCGCUACCAUCGCAUUUCAAAUUGUCAUGCGGGGACAAAGUCUGAUUAUUGAUGAAAACUGCCCAACACAGUGGAAGAAUAUUAUGCAAAAAUGCUGGAACCUAGACCCAACAAAGCGACCGAAAUUCUCAGCACUUGCUGUAGAAUUUAAAGAAUACGCCAAAGAAUUAGAAGCAGUCACCCAGUUGCAGAGAGCCCCGUCCAAAAUGGCUGUCAAGGAGAUUUACACAGAAUGCAAUAAUUCGAAGGGUAAAGAAGAAUUGGAAAAAAUGUUCAACGAUUUAUAUGUGAGCACAAACAUAUCGGACAUCCAUCGAGCGGAUCGACGAUCUAUCGCUCCGGAGACAAAAGCAAGAAAGCUGAAACAUCUACCGAAAGGAAAGAAAUUGGAAAUUACGGGACCAAUGGGAGACGUAGUUCAUCUUGUAUCAGUUCAGUUGGAUAAAUCAAAUGAGAAGAAGUUCAAGAUCAAUUACAAUGACGAAAACUACAAUGGAGGAACUCUUCCACGUCUCAACGAUCGUCAGUCAUCUCUAUCAUUGAGUAGUCCAGACCUACAUCAUAUACAAGAUAUUAUCAGUGGAUCUAACACUGUAGGACGCAAUCGAAUUUCAAGGAAAAAUGCAAUUAGAUUGAAGAAAGCUCAUCCAAAUAUGUACGAUUCACAUUUAUCUUCGCCUACCAAUGACGACUCGAACACGUUUGCGAAAAUAGACAAUGCAGAUGAGAUAGAUCCAAGUCACACGAAAGAGAAGAAAGUAGGAACAUUUUCAAGGGCUUGGGCAAAGUUACCAUGGAAAACUGCAAAAAGAGAUUCAAAGGAAGAGCAUGAUGAAAGAGCAACAGCUGGGAGUAUAUCGAGUCGAUCGAGUUCUACAACUUCAAGCAAUCGGAUAAUAACUGGACAGACUACUCGUGGAGCAGCUGCUCUUCCAUUCCUGGAAGCAGGUACACGAUCACGAGCACAGUCUGCAGCUGAUUGUUGGGAUGAUUCAAAUUCAAAUAAAAAAUGCAAAGCAUCACCUAAUGGUAAAGGACCGGUGAAGCAAACAAAUCUAACUGAGCGAUUUGUCAAAGACAAUGAGAAAGAUUCCGAAAUUCGUCCUGGACAUCUUCCUACUUAUCAUCGGAAGAGCGCACUAGACCAGACGAUUCCACCAAGUCCGAAUUCUCCUGAUUCUCUUAUCAACUUCCCUCCAAUGCACGUUUCAUCUCGACGAACAACUGCAAAUUCAUCAUCAGAUGGAGCCACUUGUUACGAACAACUAGUAACGAACCCAUCAGGAGCAGGCCAUGGACUAAGGAAUCCUAUCAUUCAUCCAUCUCUUUCUGACAUCAUUCCUACAUAUUCCGAAGAGCAGACACACUACGAUAUGGGUCCGGGUAGAUAUUUGGAAAGAAAUGGGCAUUCGAAUCAAGGAUUAUAUGGACACAUAAACUACUCAGGAGCUGGUCACGGGAGACCUAAUCAGUCAACUCACUACUAUCCGGUUGGAGGUGGUUGCGAUAGUUACAUACCGAUUUCUCCAAAAGUUGUGAUGAAGCCAACAGUAGGGGAAGUGAACAACUCGCCGUAUUCUGACAACUUCCGAAUGAUGACGAGAAAUGUUCAAAAUCCACAGUAUAUUCAGUGUAAGCAAGACAAGAAACCGCCAAUGCGAACACCGGCUUUACCAAUCAAAAUUCAAUCAGAAAGUAACCUUGUAAAUACUGGAAUGCUCUACUCAUCCCGACCAGAACAUCUGAACGGAAUAGAAAACAGUCUAAGCUCUUUGUCCCUGAACGAGGCACCUGAUAUUCCGGCUCCUCCACCUCCACGCAUUUCAAUGUCCCCUCCGACUCGUCUUGCUCCAGUCCUUCCUCCUCGAGAUGGCUCCUUAUCUCCUGAUCCUAGACGAAUCAUGGAUAAAGAAAUUCUGAAAACAGCAGAAGUCGGCGGAACUGAAAUCUUCUGA